GGGGGGACGCCGCCGCCGCCGCCGCCACGGGAACGCCGCGGGGUCGCCAUUGCCGAAGUUGCGGGUGGCCGCCGAAGCCGGGCGGGCGAGGGAGGCGGGCCGCGCCACACAGGCGCAGAGGGGCGCGCCGAGCCCGCCCGGCCCCGGCCCCCGCCUCAGGCAGCGCCGCCGCUGACGGGCGGGGAGGGCCGGGCCGGGCCAGGCGAGCCGCGGCAGCGGGCGAAGGGGCGGCCACUUCAGCACCGCCCGCGCCCGCUGAGCGGCAGGACGGCAGCGCCGGGCCCCCGCUUCCCCUCGCCGCCGCCGCCGAGUCCCGCCGCCCCGAGGCCCCAUGGCGGGGCCCGUGCCCCGGGGGCGCCUCGCUACGCGCGGCCCGGCGCUGCUGCUGCUGCUGCUGCUGCUGCUGCCGCCGCCGCCGCUGCCCGCCGCCCCAGCCCCGGACGGGCCGUCGUGCCACGGCGCCUUCGACAUGUACUUCGUGCUGGACAAAUCGGGGAGUGUGGCGCAGAACUGGCACGAAAUAUUUGAUUUUGUAAAUCAGCUGACAGAAAGAUUCGUGAGCCCCAAGAUGAGAUUAUCGUUUAUCGUGUUUUCCACCCAGGCACACGUCAUUAUGCCAUUAACUGGAGACAGAGAGAAAAUCAAGAAAGGUCUUAAAGAUUUGGAGGAGGUAAAACCAGCAGGUGACACAUAUAUACAUGAAGGAUUGAAACAGGCCAAUGCACAAAUUGCGAAGCAAGGAGCCUCAAGGUUUUCUAGUAUCAUCAUUGCAUUGACAGAUGGCAAGCUGGAUGGUCAGAUUCCCUUGUAUGCAGAGAAAGAGGCAAAGAAAUCCAGAGACCUGGGAGCUAGAGUUUACUGUGUGGGUGUCCUUGAUUUUGUACAAGAACAGCUUGAAAAAAUUGCUGACACGAAAGAGCAAGUCUUCCCUGUCACUGGAGGAUUCCAAGCACUUAAGGGGAUAAUCAAUUCUGUUUUGAAGCAGUCAUGUACUGAGAUUUUGUAUUUGGAGCCAUCCAGUGUCUGUGUGGGAGAGGAGUUUCAGGUUGUUCUUAGAGGAAGUGGCUUAACACUUGGUGGGAAAACUGAUGGUGUUACUUGUACCUAUCAACUGAAUGGAACUACAAUUAAUGAAAAACCAAAAACGGUGGAAUCUGAUUUUUUGCUCUGCCCUGCACCAAUCCUAUACAAAAGCGGCCAAACUCUGGAAGUUUUAGUGAGUUUGAAUGAAGGGCAAUCUUUCAUGUCCAGCUCAUUAACGAUCACCGCUUCAGAGUGUUCUAGUGGAGUAGCGGCGCUUAUUGCUGUUCUUGUGCUGCUGCUGUUAGUGGCACUCGGUCUGCUCUGGUGGUUCUGGCCGCUCUGCUGCAAAGUGGUCAUCAAAGAUCCCCCUCCACCUCCGCCAGCUCCAAAAGAGGAAGAAGAACAAGAGCCCUUGCCUACCAAGAAAUGGCCCACAGUGGAUGCUUCCUACUAUGGUGGACGAGGAGUUGGAGGAAUUAAAAGGAUGGAGGUUCGCUGGGGUGAUAAAGGAUCCACUGAAGAAGGGGCUAGAUUAGAAAAAGCAAAAAAUGCUGUGGUGAAACUCCCAGAAGAACCAGAAGAACCUUUUCAUCCUAAACCACCUAAACCAAAGCCUACCUCACCAGCCAUUCAGCAGAAGUGGUAUACGCCAAUUAAGGGUCGACUCGAUGCACUGUGGGCACUGUUACGAAGACAGUAUGACAGAGUCUCUCUGAUGCGACCACAGCAAGGAGAUGAGGGCCGAUGUAUCAACUUCACCCGAGUUCAGUCUCAGUAGAGGAGAAGAGGAUACCAGGAGGAACGACAGCCACAUUGCCACUUUUCAACCAAGCAGAGAGAACCGAGCACUUCCUCGCAUUUCUUGGAUCAUCUUCAAGCCCGAACUCAGAAGAAGGUUUCUGCAUUCCCCGCUCCCAGGGGCCAGCACUGCUGUACUGAGCUCCUGUGUUUCACCCCAGUACGUUGAUACUCUGUGAUUUGCAACAGUGACAAGAAGAGAAGCAUUGACUUGCGUGCCUAUGCUUUUAUAGAACACAAAAGGGAGAAUACAGACACCAAAGAUGAUAAUGUUUUUCUAUUUUUGUUACUUUAUGGUUUUUUAAGGACUACAAAUUCUCAGGACCUAAUGUGCUUUUAGCAGAGAUGCGAAGUUUCUCAGAUGCAGAGAUGGCACGUGUUACUUAAACAGGGACUACUAGCCAAAGGCAGAGGAUAAAAAUUCCCACCAGGCUAAGCAAGCACAAGAGUUGAGUGCCUUACAGCGAUGUCAGAUCACAAAACCCUUGCGAGUCUCCCAUCGCAUCGUGCCUUACGGGAACCUUCUGACUGGAAGUCUUGUCAUUCUAACACUGAAAAGUGCACACGCAUGACAAAAUGUAGACAGGAUGCCUCAAGGUAUUGGUAGCAAGCAAGACUUUGCCCUUUAGUUUUUGAAGACACCUUUCUUUCAUUAUGCACCCGGGACAGGAAGAAAAUU